AGAAAGGAGCAGCUCGCUCGCGCGGGCGCCUUAAAUAAAGGCCCGGGCGCCAAGGAGCUGGGACUUAUCUCGCGCGCUCGGGCAGGUUACUUGUUGUGUGCGAAGAGGAGGAGGAGCCGCCGCUCAAUCAGGUCUGAGGCUGGCGCGGCUGCUCUCCUCCCGUGCGCUCGGUGCCUCGCUGACAGCCGGCGCUCGCGAGAAAAGGAGGGCGGGGGCGCUGCUCUUCCUAGCGCGCGCGCCUGGGAAAAUGUUGCGCAGGUUCUAAAAUGGAACGUUAGAGGCGGCGUGCCGGAGCGCGCGAGGGGUGUGCGUGCGUCUCUAUCUCUCUCCCUCCCUCUCCCCCUCCCGCCCCGCCGCGCGUGUGAGUGUGGAGUAAGUAAGCGCGAGAGCUGCAGCAACAGCAGCAAAAUCAGGAGCCCGCGCCACGCAGCGUUGAAUCCGCGAGCAGCCGCCUUCGCUUCCUCCUCCUCCUCCUCGCCGUCUUCUCCCUGUAUGGAGCUUUCCGCUAUCGGGGAGCAGGUGUUUGCGGUGGAAAGCAUCAGGAAGAAGCGCAUAAGGAAGGUGGGUUCUGCUGGCGUCUUCCCCACUCGUGCUCUCUCUCCCCCCCCGCCCCACUACUCCGGCUGCAAAGAGCGGUCAAAUAGGUAGGAGGGAGGCACGCGGGCCCCGCUUUGAUUUCUAUUUCUAAGCCUCAUCUAGGUGACUGACUCCUAGGCAGGGGUCAAAGCGGCUCCUCCUCGCCUCUCGGAGUGAUGGUGCUGUAAGUAACAGCUCGGCAUCGUAUGCUUCCCACCCCCACGCCCCACAUCUCAUACGCAUGCCACGGCGCGAGUAAGGGGGGCGUGGCGGCGGAGCGUCUCGUUAUCCCGCCGCCAGGGGGCGGCAGUGAAGCCCUUGUCACUCUCCCUCCCCUGAAGGCAUGGGCAUGGGUUGGCUGUCAUGCUCCAGGCGAGGUUGUGUGGCAGUCGUGGUGAUUGGCAUGAAUGGUUUCCACCGCUUGGGACCCUUGCUGGAGGGUGAACACAGGGGGCAUGACUUCGCCCAGUGUUGCUCUGCCUGUUUCUACUGGGAAGUAAAUGCCAUUGACUUCAACAAGGCUUACUCCCAGGUCAGCGGCAAGUGUGCGUUUAGAUUGCACAUCCUUAGGCUCACUUUGGAACCUUACUUGGCCCCAGAGUAAAGUGGAGGUGUUGCAGUAGGAGGAGUUCUCCUGGAGGAGAAACAUCCAACAUGCCCGUUAGUUAGCGGGUGUCGCAUUCUCAAAGCCCCUACUCCCCAGUUUGAACCAUUUCCUCCACUUCCCUCAUUUCCACUCCUGUGGGAAAGAGAAACAGGUUGGGUCUCCUGGAAGCCCUGCCAGCUUUAAAUAUAUGGCGGUUGGCACCAAAGGCAUGAUUGAAACUUGAGAUGGGCGCUGGAACAUUUGAGUGUUAUUGCAUGGACUUGAUGGUGUUCUUGUCAGAGCUUUGCCUUGUUGUUUAGGCCAUUCAUUUCAAGUGAGCAAUUCACUGUAUGCUUUAUCUGCCUUUUGGGGGUCUCUGUGCUAUUAAUUUCUUAGGGGCCGCCAGCCCAUUGUUUUGCAGUGGAAAAUAUGACCACCACCCAUCUCUCUGCAUGAAGGGCUUGCUCAACAACUUGGACAUUAAGAGACAGUGAACAUCUUGACAUUUGGGUGACUUGGGGUGCAGUCCUAAUAUUACUUACUUGGGAGUAAGCCCCAUUAAAUUCAGGAGGACUUACUUCUGAGCAGACAUGGUUAAGAUUGCGCUGUUAUCCCUACAUGUAUAAUUUCACACCAGAGGGUUAGGAACCUUCCCUUGACUUUUACAAGUUAAGGCAACCCAUUCUGGAAAUGGAAAUAGCAUCAUACUUAAAAUUUAUGAUAAUCAUAGGUGGUGGGUCCCCCCUCCAUUUUUUUGUCCUUCUGGUCUUAUGCAUCUUCACAGUCCUUCCUAGAGGGGAUGAGUUAUGCACUUUGGAAACAACUGUCACAGGGCCAAAAAGAACCGUAUCACAUCAUACUAGCUCAGCGCGCCUAUAAUCUCUGAACGCUGCUGAUUGUUCGGUAUUUAUUCCCCCUGCCUUCCUUACCCAUCCACGUAUGGUAGGAAAUGAAACCAUCACUUUAGGGUUGGCUUGCUGAUCAUGCAGUAGAGGAACAAAACCUUCUGUAUUAAAUUGACAGGUAGGCUGGCAUCCUUUAUUGUGGGUCAAUGAGGAUGUGUAAACAGGGUGGAGUGGGAAAUGAUACCUCCCCUAGCAGCUACCUGGAUAGGUCUGCCUGAGACAUUGAGAACCAUUCCUGUAGCCCAGCCACAUGCUCCAUUUCCAUUCAUUUUUAUAAGAUUAUAGACCAUCUAGAAGAUGACAUGUGAUCCAUCAUAUUACAGAAUGCUGUAAGUAGAGAGCUUGCAUGCCAAGAGAGGUGUUUCGUAGGAGAGGGAAUGAGAAGAGCAAGGCAGACAGGUAUCGAGCAAGCAAUGCAGCAGGAUCCUUCAGAAUUUCUUUAAAAAGGAUAUUUUUCUUUCCACUUCUUAAGCAUUCCUUCUUAAUUGCGUGUAUAUGCUUUGAUUCGUCUUUCUGUUGGGUCUCUGUAUAUGCUUUCUAGCUGAUCGUUCUGGAAGAAGACCCUCUUGAAAAAGGGCCAUUGCUUAGGUCUGCAUGGCAAACCUACCUAGGGAUGUAGCUCAGUGAGGAGAUGCUUAAAUUUCCAAUGUGAGGAAUUGGACAAGUUGAAAUUUGUGAAGGGGUUUAUUAUGGUCCUGCCAACCCAAUUUACUUUACUUUUUUCGGUUAUUGAUUUUGCUUUUUCUUUUGUCUCUCCUUUCCCUCCCAUAGGGUAAAGUGGAAUAUCUUGUGAAAUGGAAAGGAUGGCCCCCCAAGUAAGUGCUGGGGUAUAUUUGUAAAGCUGCAUUUGUGUUAAUUAUCUGUCCUCUGUGUUUUGUUUCUUGUUGACCCCACUUCCAAAAGGAACACCAUUCUUUCCUUACUUCCCUUCCUGGCCCUAUUUAACCAAGAGUUCUAAUUUCUUAAACAUUUUCUUCAUACGUAUCCUUGGACUGGUGAUGGAAACAGUUAGUUCAUUAGCAGGUGGCUCCUUUUCCUAUGGAACCCUAAAGAUACCUUGAACUUAAGUCUUCUUUAAAGAAAAGAAACCACAGGAGUAGUCCCAAGGAAAUAGUUGCUCUUUAAGUCUUUUUAGAGAGCAUGGGAUGCAGAUCUAAGGAAUGAAGAAAUACAUUGUGUUUGCUCCAACUCCAGCAGAGUAACGGCAGAACAGUAAACAGGGGUCCACAAAUGUUGGCUUAGCACCAAGCCAUUAUUUGUGGUCGGUAGCAAUGUCCCCUUCUCUGCAGCAUUCUCUAGUGCAUACAGAGGACUCGGGAGAGGGGCACAGUCACCUCUCAUAUGGGGGGCAGUAUGAAGAUGAGAAGGAGCGCUGCUUUUUCACCUGAUCGAAAACUGCAGUGAAAAUAAGGCUCCUCAUUAUAGCUGCAAAAUACUGCAAUAUAUCUUUACAGUGCUGCUGUCCAGAGAGGGCUGGGUGCAUUUGCCCCUGAGUGGGUUUGUGGAUACCUGUCAAUAAACUUCCAGUGAGGUAUUAACAUACAUUUGGCUGCAUAAUGCUCCCCUCACCCCUCCUUUUGAAUGAGGCAGUACCUGCCACUCGUUAUUUCUUUCAGAGGCGUUUCCACCGAGAUAUCGCUUAAACAGCUGCAAGUUUGAUGCCUGGUGUUUAUUGCUAGUUAAUGCCUCCCCAGAGGAAACUGCAUUGCAAUAGGGAGGCAUCUGCUUUCUUCUACCCAUGUGGGAUUAUAGUGCGGGCAGAGUAGUAUCUUGCAUAUUUUAAUGCAGGGGUAUGUGGGAACUGAAGCCCUCCAAGAUGUUGUUUGCUCCCAGCAUGGCCAGUGAUGGUGGAAGUUGUAGUUCAGCAGCACCCAGAGGGUCACAGCCCCACCCCCACCCCGUUUUAAUGACAUAACUGAGAAGGGGCUAAGUGCCUGUUCAUGUCAGAUGCAAUUCAGCAGUUGCAAUUUAAUAACUUGCAAGAAUAUAGCCACUCUGCAAAAACAGAGCAGAGGGUAUCCACCUUCCUGCUCGCUCUGAGCUCUCUGUGUAGCCACAGCAAAAAAAAUAAUUCCUUUUUGGACCAGGAAGAGAGUUGUGUCCUGACCAUACGUUCUGUCUUCCAUAUUAACAAUGUGUGCUGCUGCUGACAACAUGGUGUUGUCAAGCUCAUUAGCUAAACACUUCCCCCAAGAUGGCUUCAAAUUAGAGUUUGGCUGGAUUUAUUCGUUAGUCACAUCAUAUUUAAGGAGAGAGAGGAGUGUACUAUUGCUGUUUCCUAAUCCAUGGUGAUUUUCCACUAUUUUUCAGUGGCACUCUUUAAGUUCCACACAGCAGUCUUCCGCUGCUCUCUCCCCCCCCACACACCCUCAAGCUCCAUAGUGAAACAAACGCUAAAAUAAGGAUAUGAUGAGCUCAUAGCUUUUCCUAGGACUGAAAAAAUAAGGGCUUCUUAGAUCCACUAAUAAAUGAACAAACCAUUCUGAAGAUUGACCAAUAAUUUAUUUUAAGAACAUGAAGGUCAGAGCUGUGCUUAAAAUACAGCUACAAAUAUUUUAUUUUCAUUUUUUUGAUUGCCACUGGAUAUGUUGUAAACCACAAGCAAUGUACAGCACCCCCCCAUCUCUCUGCAUCCGUUCAUCCUAACACAUUCCUGUUCAUCUUUUCUCAACUUUUGAUACCUGCAUAAUAUCUCUGUGUGUCUGCGUUCCAUCUUACUCCAUAACCCUUCCCGGUUUUGUGCCAGUUCUUCCAUUGUGGCUUGAAGAAAGCAGGCGAAUGGCUAUGCUUCAAACUGUUUGGCCUCUCUCCUCCCCAGUCUUUUCCCUGCUCAUGCUCUCUUCCUUUCCUCCUGAUUUUCUGGAUGCCUUUCCCAAACAAUUUUUUAAUAAUAAAAAAAAUGGCCUGCAUGCCCCACCCAUAGGAGCUCAGAGCCAGGGAUUUGAAGGGUUAUGGCUCUGAGUCAGCUGCAAGCUUGUUUACAACUUGGGUUUGAAGGGGGGGGGAGGGAGGAGGAAGGCAAUCAUGUGACUUGUAUUUUCCAGAAUGCGUGGUCUGCAGUUCUGCUGCAGUCUGGCCUCUCUCUCUCUGUGUGUGUGUGUGUGUGUGAGAGAGAGAGAGUGUGUGUCUACGUGUGCCGAGCUGCAAUGUUUUUCUAUACUGUAUGCAGUGUUUUCUCACUGCAGUCAAGCAAGAAGCUAAGCUGCAGAGGAAUGGGCAACACCCAUAGGACAUUUUUUAAAAGAUCUAAUACAUUCCCUGUCUGUUACUCUUCUUCUCUCCCCCCAACCCCAAACGCUUGCCAGCUCUGCUGCCUUCUGUAAGAAAUCCUUAGCCUCUCUCCCCCCCCCCCCCAGCAGCUUAAAACAAAUGGCAAAAUUCUGUGCAGCAAGGAGGUAGAAAGCAAGCACAACAUUUGCUCAGCUCGCGUUUUUAUUUUUCUGGUUUGGUAACUUUUUUUGGUCGUACCUCAGGCUGGAAGGAAGAUGGCAGGGGCAGAGGAAGAGCUCUUACUGGGAGGUAGAGCUUGGGUAAUGAUGAGGACUGAAUAAGAAUUAAUGAAAACGAAGCUGACGAUGUAAGCUAUUUAUAACCUUGCCCUUCCCCUGAGAGCUGGAUGUGAGAGACAUCUUCUGAAGUAAAUGUAUUGACUUAUUUAACAUCACACCUCAUUCCCUAAAGCCUCAGGGCAGGUAAAAAAAAAGAAAGAAAAAAAGCCUGCUGUAAGGCAGGCAUGUGGGAGUCAGCUGUUGGGUUUUUUCCAUUUCACAUUGCAGGAGAAAUCAAGGCUGAGCAAUUCAUUUAUUUAAAAAAAUAUUUAUACCCUGCCUUUCAGCUUGGCAGGGGAAAGCUGUGAUAACUUGGAGAGAUGGGAAUUUGCCUAAGGGUCCCCAGAAAGUCAAUUCCUGAGUUAGGAUUAAAGCUGAGAUUCUCUCAGGUCCUGAUCCUACACUGCCUCUGAGGUUCAUCUUCUAAUCCUUCCUCUUUGACAGGUCACCAGAAUGGAAGGUUUUUUGCAUUUAUUUAUUUACUGCUGCAGAAAGAUAAUCUCAUUAUUAUUUUAGAAAAGUAAACGUGGAGAAAACCUACAUUAUCUUCUGUUGCAAUCCCACUGACCUGGUUUGUGCAUCAGCGCACACCAUAAACUGUGGCUUGUUCCAAGUAUGCCUGCUGUGCUCUAACCUGCUUGUCCUGGAGAGAAAUGAGCCACGAUCCAUGGCUUAGUGCCAGGUUUGAACAAGGGAUCAUGCUUUGUUUCUCCCCUGUUCAAGCAGGGAGGAGCAGCUGUGUGCAGUUGGCUUGUGAGAAAUGAUUUAUGGCUUACCUUGACGUGUAGGUGCUGCAACUGUGUCUCUAUGGGUGGGAUUCAACUAAGUUCUACUCAAGUAGACCCAACUGAAAUUAAUGGACAUGUCCAAGUUAAGUCCAUUAAUUUCCAUAGGUCUACUUUUGGAGUCAAACUUAAUUGACUGCUACCCUGUCUGUGUAUAUUAUAUAUACAGUUUUUCUUUAAAGCAUAAACCCUGUUUGCAGAAUGUUUUUCAUACCAAAAGAAAUAUCAAUAGCUGCCAUUUCAUCAUACAUCUCUGCAUAGACUUUUUUCCUUUCCACAGUGCAGUCAUAAAACUGCUGCUGGCUUACAAGAUAAUAUGGGGUGACUAAGUUACCAAAGCUACCUCGAAUUAUUUGCUGUAAGCACUUUAGCAGCUAUUAACACAUUCCCCACCUCUUCCCUCUCUUACUUUUGUUUUUUUAACACAUUUUGUGUAUCGUUUAGAAGAAAUUAUACCUGUGGCAUAAACAGCAGCUCUUCUCUAACUGUUUUCAAAAUAACUUUUACUACUGAAGAUUUUUCACCUCCCUAAUGUGUUAAAAACUUAACUUCACCUUGAUGCCAUCAACAUCUGCAACAUCCUCUCCUUUUGCAACCACAUUGGCCUGCUUCUGCACAUCAUAGUGAGCUAUAAACAUCUAUUAGCAUUGCUGUACUAUAUAUAAAUAUAUAUAUACAGAGAGAGAGCGCUAGCGUAAUUCUCUGAUGGCAUUCAGGCUAGAUUACAGUAAUGUACUGUACAUGGAGCUGCUAUGUUUGGAAGCAUCCACUGGUCCAGAAUACAUUGCUAAGAAGUUGAUGGUGGUGAGUCACUUGAAGUACACUGUAGAAUCUGUAGUGUCUUCAUAGAAACUGUAAUGUCUUAUAGUUUGAGCACAAUUCAACAGGCUAGCUUUGAUUUAUUUACCGUAUUUUUCGCUCUAUAAGACGCACCAGACCACAAGACGCACCUAGUUUUUGGAGGAGGAAAACAAGAAAAAAAAUAUUCUCAAUCUCAGAAGCCAGAACUGCAAGAGGGAUCGCUGUGCAGUGAAAGCAGCAAUCCCUCUUGCUUUUCUGACUUCUGGGAUAGCUGCGCAGCUUGCAUUCGCUCCAUGACGCACACACAUUUCCCCUUACUUUUUAGGAGGGAAAAAGUGAGUCUUAUAGAGCAAAAAAUACAGUAUUUUUUAAUUGCCAUGAAAGCAAUAUGGGUUAGGGUAUCUUAAGGAUGGCCUUAUCCCACAUAUGUCUACCUGGGCAUUUAAAUCAUCUUCAGAGGACCAUUCUAUGUAUGCAUCCACCACAGGAAAUGUGGUUACAGUGUUUGUUUUUUCUUUCAUUCAUUCUCUCUCUUUCCCCUGCCAUCUCCUUGCCUGCUUGAAGCCUAUGAUGAUGCUUUUUUGGAGGAUCUCCCCCCCCCCUCCGAUUUCCUGGUUGGAAUUUGUUCCUAUUCCCUGCUGGGUGGCUUUGUAUUGUAUUUUGUGUUGGUUUUUAAGUUUUAUGCCACCUUCUGGAACCGUAGUUGAUUGACAGGAAGGGUAAAAAUACUUCUAAAGUACCAUGUGUUCAGAGAUCAGUUUCUGAAUUCUUUUUUUUUUAAAAAAAGCUUUAAUGAAUCAUACUUCCCAGCUCUAAAGUUAUUAACGACGCAGGCAAGAAACACUGUAGUGUCUCCAAAUCUAGUAGCCUAGUAAGAUCCUGCCAUUGAAAGAAUAAGCUGGUGAAAUUCACAGGGUUCUGCAUAGGAGACGUUUUGUGGGAAUCCUGUUUUCUGUUGGCUGCAACAGGCAGAUUUAAGACUGAGAACAGAGAGUUUAUGAUCCCCUUUUUUCAAAGAAGGAUGGUCACUUAUUUGAUCCAUUCCAUGUACGGAAGGAGCAGGGUAUGGUAUAAAUUUUAUUUCAAGAAUUUAUUGGCAGAACCCUUGGGUGGGAAAUUCAAAUACUUGAUUUUUCAGCUGUUGAGUGGAUUGUAGUCUCCAGUUGAUAAGGGGGAAAGUGCUAGAACUUUGACAGUGCUAGCGACACCCUACUUGACCAGAAACCAUUUGAUGGUUUUCUCUUGACAUUUUUCCUCUUAGAUACAGCACAUGGGAGCCAGAGGAUCACAUUCUUGACCCUCGCCUGGUGAUGGCUUAUGAAGAGAAGUAAGAAUAUUUCCUUUUUAUUUUGGGGAGAGGUUAAAACAAGAGGCUUUGCAUCAAAGAGAUCUAGCAUGGUCAGGUUGGCUCGAGAGUUUCUCUCUUCCCCUAUCAAGGCAAGGAUUGCUAAUAAUCAAGCUCUUUAUUCUAACCUAAAGAGCAGGCACCCCGCUGAACUGAGGCUUCUGUACUAUGGCUCAAUUACCUGAGAGCACCCCAGUGUGAAGAGUUCCCAGAAUAUGCUGCAGCCUCUUCACCUGCCCAAUAAGACAAAUGACAAUAUUCCUAGCUGCCUGGACUGCAUGUUACUAGGAAAAUAAAUAUGUGCCACCAACCCAUGUAUGCCAGCAGCAGCCAUGUGUCUUCCCAUAAUGUGUAGUUAGGGUCUAAAAUAUCAGUAUCUUACUUAGCCCAAUGGGAAUUACCAUUGGUUGCAUUAGCACAUAACACUAAGCUGAAAAUCCUGACUUGCUAAAGCAGGAUAUGCACAAGCUAUGUCAUUUCUGCCAUUCACUCCCACCCUUUGAACCCGCAACAAAACAAGGCAGUUAACCAGAGCUUCCCAUUGUGUGUGAACCACAAAACUAUGCUUAAUGGUGAAACCAGCUUUAGACUGUGAUAUCCAUCACGUAGGGUUUUGUGUAUUCUUGUGUGCUUGCAUGCACCGAACUGUCGAUCCCAGUUGCUGCUUGUAUAGCAGGUAGGUAUCGACUCGGUUAAGCAUUGCUGAAUUAGGUUGUGGGUGGGAAAGAACAGCUCCAACUACCAACCAAGCCAAAUGAAAGUCUCCCCCUUCUCCACUACGAUUUGUAUUUGCACAAGCAACAGCUCUGUGAUAUGCCUUAAAUAACCUGGAUCAACAAGCGGCCUUGUUGGUGCUCUUGCUGUGUUAACAAAUGGAAUUGCUAGGUAUCUUCUGUCUCCUCAGGGAAGAGAAAGAUCGCGCCUCAGGUUACAGGAAGAGAGGCCCCAAACCAAAACGUCUCUUGCUUCAGGUAAGGGCCCAAGUUUGUUGAAUUACACUGUCCAUUCCUAAGCCCCAGCAUUGCUGUACAGACUCAGCUAUCCACUACAUGCAUAUAUAUAUUCUUAAGUACUUCUACAUUUAUUUUGAAAAUAUAUGCCCUGCUUGUCCCUCCACAAAGGGGUUGCUCAAAGCGGCUGACGGAAAAAGAAAAAAAGCAAACAUAACAAGAAAAAACACAAAGUUCAUCCCCAACCACCAAGGCCAAAACAAUCAGUGCAAUUAUUGUCAAAUCAUAGUUCUGAACACAGCUCACCAGCUCCAAAUCUUGAAGCUAUGAUUAAAACAAAAUACUCUUCCUUAAAAUGUAAGAAUCGCUGCGUAGACAUUUUCAGGCAAAGUUACCCUAGAGAUCUCUAGUUUGGCUUAAUCUGUCCCAUCAGAAAGUUGCAUUGCACACUAUCAUGUGUUCAAAGCAAUGCUUAAUGUGUUCCGCUUCUGUUGAUCAUUCUCAUUACAGUUUUUUUGCUUCCGUGUAAAUAAUAAUUAUUAUUAUGUUUGUGUGUGUGUGUGUACACAUAUAUCAUAAGGUGAAGAGCAUAUUGAGCUAGUUCUUCAAGGAUGUUAUGGUUCUAUGGCUACAGGUGUUCAUAGAAAUAUAGGGGCAGAAUUGUGAUUUUUUUUUCCCCCCUCCAUUUGCAGAGGCUGUAUAGCAUGGACCUGCGAAGCGCACACAAAGGGAAAGAGAAACUCUGCUUUUCUCUGUCACGGCGGUUUGGGGGAGGAGGAAACAGCCUAGCCAAGGGAGGGCAGACCGAGCUGCCCGAGAAGAGUGGAGCGACUGUCUUGCCCUUCCCGCUUCGGAAGCAAAGCAAGAACCAGAAGUACCUGCGCCUUUCAAGGAAGAAGUUCACCCGCAUGGCGAGCCUGGAGAAUCGGAACCGCCGGCGGGAGUUCUUCCUGAAGGAGCCAGUGGCGUUGGAGGAGAGGCAGACCCCCAGCGACUGGGAUGAGGCCGCGCAACCUGCCAGCAAAGAGGGUAAGCACUGGCAAACACCCCCAGCUACGUAGAGCCCAUCUCAUCUCACUUGCUUGGGCAUCCCGGUUCCUCUCUUAACUGUUGCACACUGUGCAUGCCAUAUGGGGGUAACCCUUUGUUUCCCAGCUACCCCUGCAGGUUGACCUGAAGGGGGAAAUCUCAGAUCUAGGAUUGUUCCCAGCUAAGUCCUACUUGGAGCAGACCUGUUGAAACCAAUGGGCUUAAGUUAGUCAAGUCCAUUGAUUUCAGCUGUGUGUGGCUUAGAUGGAGACAACCCUGAGUGUUUGGUUAGUAGACACUCUAAAUCUGAUCACCACUUGACACUGGCGCUCAUUUCCAUGCCAUUCAUGCACUAGUCCGGGCAGACCAGCAGGGUCUGUGCAGGCAGCGCUGCCGCUCUCCUCCCAAAACCGCAAUGGUAGAUUGAAAUCCCCACAAUAGGAAGCGUUUAAUGUCAUCCCUCGGCCUUGGUGUUCUGCACGGCUUCUUAAUGACAGCUGGCCUGUGGAUGCGCUUCUUGUCUGGGUUCUUACUGUGGGUGACCAUCACAGAAGAAGAAGGAGCCAUGUUGGUAGAGAAGUUUCUCCCCACCUCCCUGUGGUCUCAGGUGUAUAUCUAUGCUACAUAUUUAAAGUGGUUUAAGAGUUAUUUCCUGAAAACCUUGGGAAUUGUAGCUCAAUAGAAGGCUAGUGGGUAUCUCAAAGGAUAUCUAACAGAGAUCAAUCUGUACUAGGGGCAGCUAAUUUUUUGUGGUGGACUUGUAGCAAACCCUUCAAGAACCAUGUGCUGAAGCCGCCUCAGGCCCAAAAAAAUACAAUGGUACCUUGGUUCUCAAACUUAAUCCAUCACGGGAGUCCGUUUGACUCCCAAAACCGUUCGAAAACCAAGACGCAGCUUCCAAUUGGCUGCAGGAGCUUCCUGUAGUCAAGUGGAAGCUGUGUCAGAUGUUCAGCUUCCAAAAAACGUUCACAAACUAGAACACUUCCAGGUUUGUGGCAUUUGGGAGACAAAACGUACGAGUACUAAACUGUUCGAGAACCAAGGUACGACUGUAUUUGGAAGGAGCCAGGUCUGGUCUUUGGGCUGGUGGUUCUUCCUUCCCAUGUUUACACACCCUCAGCUGAACCAUAUCAAUUGGGCUUCACAAAGGAAAGCCUAGAUUGGUAUAAAAUGCAUAUAAACUUCCUAGUGUAUAUAGGAAGUCUCUUUUUUUAGUAGAGGAACACUUUCGUGUUGGAGAGCUUUUAUAGUGAUCUUCACACGCAUGCAUUGCUUGGAGGGCUAAGUGGUACUGUUGAAACCCAGUGUGCCAUCCUCACCAGGAGGUUUGUAUGGACUCCAUUGUUUGAGGGGGGGAAAUGUUCCUGUGGAAAACUGGAUCAUGUGCCAAGAAAGCUGCAUUCUACAACUUGCAUAUAUGCAAAUAAAGCAAACUUGCUUCAUUAAAAAUAACUUAUUUUACAUCUGCUAGUCAGGGAGCCUUGCCCAUCCAAGAAGGACUUUAAAGUCAAGUGCAUGUAAAUUGUAGCUUCUAAAGUUUCAACAGACAUUGUCUGUAGAUGGUAAAGCCUACCUUUGCAAGCUUUAGGCCUAGAAAACUUACUUUUUAAAGAAAAAAACUGUUUAAAAGUGAAAAUGUAGGGACCUUGGGAUACUAAUUAUGUGUGAGUUUGGUAUGGAAGUUUGAUCCUAUAUGUUUAGUUCUAGAUAGUCUCUCAUACUUUUGCUGUUUUAUUUGACACCUGUUAUUAUACUUUGUUAUGCUUCAUUAUAAAUAAAUAUGGAGGGAGGGAGUACUUGGGGUGUGAGGCAGGGCUAGUGAAAGAGUGUGGCCAGGGGGGAGUUUCAAGGGCUGCAUUUGUCCCCCUCGGCCUGCGGUUCGCCACAGUGACAGGUGGGGAAAGCAGAAGAUAAUCCCUGGAGGUAGAAAUGCUGCCAAGCUCAUGGUUGCAGUUCAGAAAAUACCCUUCUGUAAUUGCUACUUGACCUCUGCUUUUAGAGCUUUAUAUGGUUUUCUAUGGGGUUUUGUGUAUGAUGGUUGUAAACCGCUCUGAUUUUUUUUAAAAAAAUGAAUAGUGGUAUAUGAAUAUCCUAAUAAAUAAAACAGGCAUCUGACAGGAGUGUCCAUCUGUGUUGAUAUUUGCACUUUCUGCACAGUUCGUUUGGAAAGAGCAAAGUGGGGUUUAGAUUAUUUGCAGCUGCAAGCCAAGAUGUUGACUAGUUCUUCUCAAGUCCCAAUAACACAAUAUGGCUGCUGCAUUUUGUGGGGUACUUUGGAGCCUUCCAUUGUAGCUUUCAUUGUGAAGCCCCUUGAGGUGUAGCUGACAAAUUCUACUAGAGAAAUGUAAACCUUAUUUUUUUUAUUCUCCCUUCAACGUGAGCACACAUGUGGAAUCCCGGGUAGUGUCGGGGAGAAAUGGAGCCUUUCUCAGGUGAGAGUAGACACACCUCAGAUAUCCGAGAGAGAUGCCAGGAAUACCCAGUUAAAGGGCCCACUUUCCAUUCCCAGGUGGGACAGGAGGGUGCAGAACAGGUAAAUAAGAGAAGAUGGAGGCCUCCCUCCCUCCCCUCUCCAUGUAUCUCUUUUGGCAUGGGGGUGGGAUUAUUGCUGCUGCUUUUUUAUGUAUAAGGUCCCAAAUGAGAAGUCUAGGAAGCGGGCCCCUCAUUCUCAGCUGUUGCUGAGGCCAUUUGGGUAAAUAAAUGUGUCAUGAAACUCCUAUGGAGGAGAGGAAAUGUAAAUUCCCACUUGACACUAAAAGGAAACUCAUUUUGAGGGAUUUGGAAAGCACAGCAUCUCCUUUUAACUUUUCUGUGGCGAAUUCUCCUUUUUCAUAUAACAAGCAUCUGGAAAAUAUCUCCUUGGUUUGUUGCACCGUAUAAACCCAAUACCAAACUAUAUCCCUUUUAAUUGAGAGGAUUUGCUUAGUGCAGAGGUUUUCAACCUUUUUGGGUCCAUGACUCCCUUGACCAGUUAUGUCACCCCUUGCCUGCAGAGCUGGCAAGCUCCCACCCUUUCUCGAACACCCUCCCUUGUGGAGUGUUCCCUCAGCCUCCUUGGGAGUCCUGCAGGCAGCCGCCCCUGGUCUCUGAGCUGCCAUAAAGAGAGGUGCCGCCUAGCCCUGCCCCACAGGGGCCUGGGAAGCACCCCCUGGCCAGCCCCAGAGGCACCAUUCACAUGGGGAGCUUGUAGCCAGAGCUGCUGCCACAAACAUCUGUGCAAGCUUUUGGGAGGCAGAGACACGAGGGCAUCAGAGGAAGGGAGGGAAGGGAAGAGGGACAGAGGCCAUUGUUGCCUGCGGCAGCCCUGACCAUCAUUCAAGGCACCCCAGGGUGCCAUGGCAGACUGGUUGAAAACCACUGGCUUAGUGAAUAAGCAGGUGGGGGCAGGUCUCAAUCCUAUAGCCUGUAAAGUGGGUUUGAGGUGGUUUGCAUUGGCCACAUAUUUAUUGGUCUGUGACUGUGUGUUUGCUCCGCCCCCCCAUUUGCGUCAGUUCGUAGUUGGCCAGCCUGUUUCAUAAGGACAAGAUUGUUGAUUCCUAUUGGUCUCCCACUUCCCCCUCCCUCUCACCUGCUGUUCUCUUUCCUCCUUCCUCUUCCCCAGUGAGCUCCGAGGCAGCAGAAGGCAAUCUUUCCUGGAGCCCCGCCCUGCCGCCAAAUGAAGUGACAGUGACGGACAUCACAGCAAACUCCAUUACCGUGACUUUCAGAGAAGCACAAAUGGCAGAGGGCUUCUUCCGAGACAGGAGCAUCCCAUUCUGAAUCUGCAUUUUUCUAUUAUUAUUAUUAUUAUUAUUAUUAUUUCAUCGUUUUUCUUUUCUUCAUGCUUGGAAGAUUUCUGUUUCCUUUUCGUUUUGCUUUUCAUUUGUGUGUGUGUGUGUUUUCCCGCCCCCCGCCGUGCUCCCAAUCAGAUUUUUCUAGGGGUGGGUGGAUUUAAUUAUAUUAUUUAACAAGCAAAAUCCGGAAAUUUUCCUUCACAAAUGUUUACAGAGGAUUUUGGUUUUAUUUUGACUGUUGAUCUCACUGGCUCUCUCUUUCCCUUGCUCCCCCUUUCAAAUAAGAAAAAAAGAAAAGAAAGAAGGCAACGUGGGGGUGCCUGUACAUUUUUUUCUCUCCUCAUUUGUUAUAAAGACACAGAGAGAGUAUAUAGAUAUUAUGUGUUGUUGCUUUGUCCAUUUGGGAAAUGGAAGCUCUUUUCACUGGCAAAGACAUUUAUUCACAGUGCAUUCUGGAAAAAUGUCCGUUCCCUAUAUCAAUUAUAGCAUAUCUGCAAUUGAAGGAAGGAUCCGAUGAAAGUUCAGAAAAGAGGAAGAUGCUAAAUACAAAUUUCCCUGUAUUCUUCCAUGUUUCAGAAUUGAUUUUACUUCAUCAUUUCCCAGAGGCAUCUGUGAAAAGCAGUGGUCCCCCUCCUUUGGGUGGCUGAGUUCCCAUGUUUGAUGCUUCCUCCCUUUUCUGUACUGUACAAGAUGCGGCCUCCACAGUGCUUCCACACAUGCUAUACAUUUGGGAGACUUCCUGUACUCCGGCUUGCUUUGUUGUGUCACUCCAGGGAACGUGUUCAUUGACUUCUCUCUGUGCACAGCCAAAUUACAUUUGGUUUAAGGUGGGAGGUAAAGCGAAUCCUACCAGGUCUGACUAUCACUGCACACCCACUGAGAGCAUGCUCUUGAACAGCCUUCCCCAACAUGGUGCCCUCCAAAUGUUUUCAACUGCAACUGUUGUUUGCCUCAUGUAGCUUGACCAGUGGUCAGGUACCAUGGGAGUCAUUGUCUGAAACAUCUGGAGAGGACAAGGUAUGGGGAGACCGCUCUACAAUGUGCAUCAUCCAAUGGUUCUCUAGCAGAUGUGCAGGGAUUCUUAGCAAACAGUUGGACCUAGGAAGCUUGAAUCCUCCCAGAGCAGAGUAUGAUUGUGUCCUGUGUGGAGGAUCCACAGGACUGAUGAUGGGUCAUGGCAAGGAGGGGUUGGAUGUGCAUCAGCACGCAUGCAGUGUCAGUGAAACCUCUGAACCCCAGUUGGAACAAACAUAACCACAUGAGAAGCAGAUAUUUGUUCCACUGGCAGGCUGAUGGAAUAAUGAGAUGUGUAAGAACUAACCCAUUAUGGCUAUCCGGUAAUGAACUGUAGCUUUACAUGCCCGUCUUUUGCCGUUCUUGGAUACAUACAAUUGGAGUUGCCCGGUAAUUGCAAUUCUGCUUAUAUAAAUAGCUGGAAGACUUUUUGUUAAUUUUAAACAACUGCUUCAGCCUGCCCCACUUGGACAUUUCUUCUCGUUAUCAAUUGUGGUGGUGGUGAAGGCAUUCCCAACUUCCAGGAGGUAGUUGGGAAUCUCUCUGGUUUUGUGUUUAAAUAUUUGCCAGGCUCAGGAUACUAGAGAAACGCUGCAUAAAAUUCUAUCCAUGUUCAAGCUUUGCUGUGGACUUCCAUUAUCUGCCCAUGGUCAUGAAACUGGCUUCGUAUAUCUCUUGAGGCACGGGGCUUUGGGUGGGUAAAAGUGGAGGUGAUGAUAGAGUGAGAACUUCCUUGUGAAGUCAGAAGAACUGUAGCUGUUGCCUUGUUGAAUUGGUAGUGUAGCAGAUAUGGGCACUGGCCAAUAUUGUCCUGUCUGAUCAAAGUAAGGGGUCAGAAAUAUUGGCGUGAAAGGGAAUGGGGUUGAAAUAUGUUUAUGAGACUUAUAAAAUUCUUCCACUUCAGUUUUGCCCUUGAUGUUAUCUCUCUUGUUCAACACUGGAGCCUCUGAUGCUUGUGUGUGGUUUUCUUGACAAAUAAGUGUGUGUGUGUGUGUGUGUGUGUGAACAUCUUAGCCUUUGCCAGGGAGAAGCUGCUUGCACUUCUAUAGAGCCUUGUCUUGCACUUCAAUGCCUUGAAAUUUGUGCUGGACUUCUUUGUGACUUUUUUUUUAUAUAAGGAACGUGGUAUCUAUGAACUGUAUAGCUUUAGAAUAUUUUCUUGUGCUUGUGUGCUCCUUUAAGUUUACUUAAGCAAAAGGGAAAGUUCCACAAAAUUUAUCUUCCUUUAGAGAGUGAGGAUGGCAAGCUAGAAGGCAAGGCUGCAAUCCUAGCCAUAGGUACUUCAGUUUAUAUCCCACUGAAAUGAAUGGGACUGACAUCUGCAUAUACGACUAGUUUAGGAAUUAGGGGGUGAAAGAGAAACUGAUGGAGCAAUAGAAUGUUGCUGUGCACCUUCUGAUGAUCUUAUUUACUGACCUCAUCGUCUAGCUUACAAAGAACAUUUCUUCCCCUAGGUGUGUGAAAUUACAUUAGUCUCUAGAGAUUGUGAAAGCUGAAUUUAACACCCUGUGGAGUUUCUAGUCCCAGAUACCUGCAAUAAAUCUUUCACUACAGACCCGAAACCAGUUUUUGGAGGAACACUUCAGUUCUGUGCAAGAGCGUCACCUCCCAUCCUCGAUAAUAGUGUCUGUUUUUAAAAGUAGUGCAAGUGCUAUGGAUUUUCUCCUGUCCCAGAGCUGCUAAAAGGAGAAAGGUCAUUGUUGGGUCUGAAGGUAUAAAUCAUGCUAUCUCAAACUAUUCAUGCUAACAAAGAAGGGGGCUGGCUUCUUGGACAUGGUCCCUCCGUUUAUUCUGGCCUCGUCUUUGUCUUUCCAUCAGGCUGCAGAAUACCAGGACAUCUGGGUUAUCUGGAUGCCUGGCUAUAAAUAUUCCACUUUCCAGACAAUGUUAGUGAUGCAAGAGCUUGACUUGGGGCUGAGUAGUUCUUUUUAAUGUAAGGCCUGGACAGAAUGUGAGAGCUGGACAGGCUCUUCCCAGAAACUAGAAGCAAUGGCAUUUUGUUUUUUUUACUAUCGUGUAUGCAUAGGUUGGGAUAACUUCCCCCAAAUUUGAUUUAUUUAGUUAGGUUCUAGUCUAAUCCACCAAAAGGCUAGAGCUAUGGAUCUCCUUAUGUUUCAUGGGAGCUUUGGCUACUUCAAGUGUUUUGAGGAUAACAUUGUUAUUUCCACUGCUGAAAUGUAAGCUUUUGCGCCCACUGCUGUCUCUCGUGGGGGCCUGGUGGGUCUAUAUUACAUUAAUGGACCAUUUUGCAGAAAUGAAUAAAUGGCCUCGUUUUUUAAAAAAAACAUCAGGUACUUAUUGCACGGAGACGUAUCAGCAGAUAAUAUUGCAGGAUGUGAAUGCAUGGGUUCGGUUGGCAACCAGUACCAACUUCUCACCAUCCUCUGAAGCUGUGCCUCUUAACAGUGGCUUGAUCUGCAGAAAUUAGCAGGCAAUAAUGCCCUGAAAGGCUUCUCUGUGCCAUAAAAUCCUUCCCAUUUAAAUUCCUGCAGAUCAAACAGCAGAGCUUCAGGGGUCAGUUGAAAAGUUGGCAACCCAAGGUCAACUCCAUGUAUAGUUUCUGAUCCAUAAAGGGCUGGGCUACAAUACUUCCAUAACAAUAUUGGGUCUCUCUCUCUCUCUCUCUCAUCCCCCCCCCCCAUUUUUCGUAACAUCCAGUUUUCACAUCGUUUUUACUGCUUCAAUUUGACUCUCUGACUUCCUUCCGGCCCUCCAUGGGUUUCUGCUGUGAUACAAAUUGACUGCACAUUGUACUUAUAAACCAAUACUUAAUUAAAUCUAAAUCUAAAACAAUUAAAUCUAAAUCUAAAACAGUAUUGGGUUUCUAAGCACUAUGAAGUUUUGGCCCCAUUUUUUCCACAGAGUUUAGGAAGCUCGCUGCAGCUGUGACUUGCUCUGCUUUAACCUGCUGUGCAAAAGGAAAGCCACGUCUUCCUAGGUGUUUCCCCAUCUCACUAAAUUUAAACAGCAGAAAGCAAGCAUUGUUAUGUAACUUCCAUUUCUGUUGGCGCUUUUGUUUCUUCCUUUAAGGCCAUGCGGACACUCCAAAUAUAUGUUGGCUCACUUCCCUCAGAGAAUCCUGGGAAUUAAUAAGGGUACUGAAAAUUCUUUAGCCAUUGUCAGGGUUUUCUGUGGAAGGGAUAGAGAAUGGCUGACAAAAUGGUGCAUGUCUGCACGAGAGUGCAGGUGUGCCCUCAGUCUCUUCCCAGGCCUGUAUCCAAAACGUUAUUUCCUUCCCUGCCACCACUUCAAUAGUAAGAAAAAGGUUUCUAUAGGAGUUUGUAUAGGAGUCAGCUCUAGCAGUCAGUGAAAAAGAAACUGCUUCUGUCUCAAGUGUGUGUGUUUUGUAACUUUGAAAAAAUUUGGUCACUGACAUCUGUCCUUGCAUGAAACCAUUUCUAGCCAUGUUGGGUGCGCCAGAAGAGAGUGAUCAUCUUUGCUGUUGAUUUGGAACUUUUACAGCUGUUAGAGGCUGAGUUUAAGAGGAUCAAACUCAGUUGGGAAAAGGCACUUCGCCUCUCCCUAGAUAUAUCAGUGGCAUGAUUUGCCUUUUUCAAAGCUCAUGCUGUGGUCCAAUGCCACAUGUGAAAAUAAGGCUUAUCAAAAUGGAUGUGUAACAUCCCUCCCAGUAAAUGUGAAGGGCUGGGCUGUCGGCCUCAGAAAGGAUGCUUGCCUCCCCUCCCUCUUUGAUGGUUUGAACUGUGUUGUCUUGUGGCUGGCUCUGUGAUACAAGUCUGUGUCCUCUCAAACAGUGUUGCUUUUGCUAGUGAAAAGAUGUUUUGUGCAGGGUUUUCUCCCUCUCCCUUUUCAAACCUGGUCAGGGAGACACUGAAAUUGGAGUCUCUCUCUAAUUACCAGGAGCAAAAAGUCUUGAUUCUGGUGCGAUAACACAAUUCCAAAGCAGUGUGUGGCUUGAGUUCUUAUCUGGCAAUUGUGUGCGAAUGCUGAAGAAGCGGAGAAUGCAGCACUGUCCCCCGGACCCACCUUAGUGGCUUUGUAAACCUUAGGGAAUAGAAAUGAACAAAACCUGUUCCUUAGCCAAACAAAUUGAAUAUCACGACAAGGGGAAAUGGGCCCAUCCACUACAAUCCUGUACAUGUGAGCAUGUGCAUCUUAAAUUGAGCAUUUGCAUGGCUCCAGUAGGUGGUUAUAAUAUUCAGUUGAAAUUGGAUGGUCCCAAUAGUUACAAUCCACUGGUUAUAAGAUUGGCUUAAGUUAUAUGUGACUGUUCUGAGUUGCCCCUGAGGAUAUGCCAUGUGUAAAAAGAGCCCAGAAAUGUGCUCUUUAAAGCAAUAUUUUCUAUGUGGGUUGCACUUACAUAAGGUUACAUAACCUUAUUGCCCCAUUAGAUUCCCCCCCCCCCAUGUGCCCAGUGACUUGCCAUUAGGCUUUGUGCCUUCUCUUCUCUUCCCUCCCCCUUCCAGACAGGGUUCCUGUGCCUUUUUGUAUAACAGCUGUGUGAUAGGCAGAAAUUCAGCAGGUGCAGGUUUCUGCAUUUCAUGCUGGGGAAAGUUGUGUCUGUUGCAUCUCUGUGUGCCACACAGCAGUUACACAAAGGAGGCUUGCUAGGGUGGUGGCAGCUGGCAACUCUUGGUAUCGCCAGCCCUAGAUGUGUUACCUUGCAGGAGGUUUUGAUGGGUGUUGCUGUAAUUAUCUUUCAUUCCUUGCAAAAAUGCCUUACUGUGUGCAGUGGGGUUCAUGGUUGCCAUGGCUCUGCAGUCUCCCCCCCCCUUUUUUUCUCUGUUAAAACUGUGGCAGGGUAUUAGUUGUUAAAACAAACCAUACGCCGUACACCUUGCCAAAAUACGUCGCAGUAAUUUGUACAUCGUUUCAGUUCAAAGAUCUAGACGAGGAAAUAGAUGUUUUACUUAAUGUGUGGAAGAGUUUGCUAGUCACCUUCAGUUUAUUUUUAAAGAAGCUUCGCAGCAGCAUCUGGUAACUUCUGAAAGAAGUAAGACUGUUCAUCCAUAGCAGGAAUGGGGAAUCUGUGGCCAUCCAGAUGUUAGACUCCAGUUCCCAUCAGCUGCAGCUAGCCUGGCCAGUAAGGAAAGAUGGGGGUUGUGGCCCAACAUCUGGAGGGUCAGCAUCCCUGGUCUGUAGCAACUAACGUUUAUGGCACUUUAGAGAAUUAACAUACAUGGCGGAAGCAAGUUCCAAGCUUUGUAUCAGGUUUGUACAUAGGUACGUGAGCUGAGUUUCCAGGGUGCUGACCUUGGUACCAAUAGUAUUAGUACUAUUGUCUCCCUUUUUAACUACAAACAAGUUAAAUCUGUAGUUUUCUUGAUUUAGCUGGCAAUAGAAUGAUAGAUAGGGAUGUGGUGAUGUUACAAACAAUUACUGUUAUUGUAUGCAUGUUUAUGAUUGGCAAGGAUGCAUGGCAUAAAAAUUGACCAAUUCAAAAAUUCUGAUCACAUGAAGAGUGCCCUUGGGUGAUUCCAAGGAACGGUCCAUUGGCAGUAUUUUUUCUUAAUCUCCAAAACAGUUGUACAGUUGGUUUUUCCCCCAUUUCUAGUAACGUCCUUGCUGCACUGUUAAGGUUGGACUGCAUCACUUCAGUAACGUGCAGCAUUUGUAACGUUACAAAUAGGAACCCCCUUCCUGGCAAAAACAACCCAUUUUAUAUAAAGUGAUGCCAAAGUGAUGAGUCUAAACCAAACUUCCUUUAAAUAAAAUCAUCGUAUUUUAUGCAGCUUUCCCCAACCUGGGUGUCCUCCAGAAGUUCUAGGAUACAACUCUCUCCAUACCUGGCCACUGACCAGGUGAAGUAGAUGACAGUUGCAGCCCUAAACAUCUGGAGGUCAUCAGGUUGGGGAAGGCUAGUUAUUUUGAAUGGGUGAUGUCCUCCUAAGUCACACCCAGAAUAGACCUGCCGAAGUCAGUGGACUUAAGGGGCUCAAGUCAACUAAUAUAAUGGGUCUUCACACAGUAUGAUGAAUGCUAUCAGCCGGUGUUUACAUAACUCUCCUUAUGCCCCUCGCAUUGCCAUGAACUUGUUACCCUUUUUUUUUGGGUGUAUGGACAAUGGUUCCUAUGAGAAGAGAGGUGUAGAAAGAGGGCCAUAUUUUCAAUUAAUGUAACUACUGUGUAUAAAUGCUAUAUGUGCAUAGUAUGCUCUGAUGCCCUACAUUAGAGAGAGCUUGGGAUCUUGUAAUGUUCCAUGUUGGUGUGUGAGUAUUAAUCCAGAAAAGCAUUUGGCUUGAAGCUAUACUAGGGAACAGGUAAUGGCAGAUGUGGGUGGAUGUAGAGAAAAGAUGAAACACAGUAGACAGAGGAAUGUGUUUCUUAUCUAAAAAUGAAAUGCAUCGUAAGUUGGAGAACUAUGUGCACUGUCAUUUGAUGUUCUCCAGUGGCAUGUUUUCUUGAUGGUACUUCACUUGUACAAAAGAUAAUCCCCCCCCCAUGAAACCAUAUUAUAUAGGUUAUAAAGAGUUGAUUUCAUAAGCGGUUAUAUAGCGAAGUUGAUGCUCCUUCAGGUAUUGGUGCAUCUUCAGCCAAAAUUGAUGAUAGAGCAAAGAAGUAAGGAAACUGUAUGCAGUUUCAUAGGACAGUUUAUGCUGCUGGUUUCGUAAGACUGUAUAAAGUAGGAAUGGUGAACCUGCUAUAGCCAUUCCUGCAGUGUAGCAAUCCAUUAAGAAGUGGAAGGAGAUGUGAGCAUGUGAAGAAGUGGUGAGAUGUGGAUCAGGUUUUCCUUUCUAAUGAUAAGAGACUUUCUUGGAAGAGGCAGCUGAUGUCUCUUUCUCUUGAUAUUGAACACUGUAAAUUUUGCACAUAUAGAAGAGCAUAGUAAACAUGUUCUGAACAAAAAAUCACCACAAAGCAAGCAAAGCCCAGAAGUGAAAGCUGGGUUUUGAUGAGUCCUAAGAAGUGGGGAAAGGUGUGUUUUCAAAUCCAUGUUGGGUGUUAGCUUGCCUCCUUGGUGAGAAUGGGGUACUGUCCUCUUCUGAAGCUUAUAAACCAACAGAAUUGAUGGGAGAAAAGGAGGUGAAACAAGAUCUUUGAGGAAGAGGUGAAUGUUGUGCUGGUACCGAAGUUCAUAUGAUGAAUCAAAAAUAUUGAUCUAUCCCUUUUAGGGGGGGAAUACAGAUCUUACUGCUGCCAAAACACCCCUCAACACUUAUCUCAACACUGUCACAGUAUGAAUAGUCCUGUGACAAAGUGUACCAGGAAUUAAGGUAGAGGGGGAAACCAGUAAUGGUUUGGUUCCAGACCAACCCCACAGUCAGACAGGUUGCACUUGCCUGUAAUGCAGAUUGUUUAGGCUUCCCAUGUAUCUUGACUGGGAACCAGCUUGCAGAUUGCCUGAAGCGCACAGGAACGGGCACUGGAGUUGCAGUCCCUAUGCACUUAACUGGGAGUGAACCCUAUUGAACAGAGAGUGACUUCCUUCUGGAGAAACAUGCAUAGGAUUCCACUGUAAAUGCUUAUUUCUCUGGUGCUUUCUAAUGGCAUCUGGCAAGAUAACAGGUGUAGUCACGUUAGGCCACAAAGCUGCUCUUAAACUUCCUCUUCACGACUUGCAGUUGGCCUUUCAUGCUUUGGCUGACUCUUAGGCUCCUCAUUCCAAGCAAGGAGAGCAUAAUACUUCCCCCUUUAGGAUUCCAUACAGCUCUAUGAAAAACGAGCUACACUUUCCAGCAUCAGCAAUAAAAUGGCCUCCAGUAUCAAUCCCUCUGGCCUAGGGCAAGUCAGUCAAAUGCAGCAUUGUGGAUCUCUUCCAUUUAUAAGUAUGUGUAUAUAAUGUAUUUUUAAUGCAUCUCUUCAGACUCCCGUCCCCUUGAUAAAUUGCACUUUAACAGCUUUUUAGGGUUGUGGGGCUAGGUCAGGCUCUAGGGUUGGAUGUAAGCAAUGCAGCAGCUUUUUCUUCCCGACUGUUGUAUUAAAUGGUGACCCAUUUUGUAAAGGGGGGGUUAAUGAAAUACCAUGAAGUAGAAAGCUUACGGGAAAUCAAAAGGGGGCAUUAUAAUUGGCUAAUGAGGUUAGGAGGCUUGUUUCAGUGCCAAGUACCUAUCUCUGAAGGAGUCCAUAUAUCAGCCUUUGCCAACACGGUGCCCUCCUGAUGUUUAGGACUACAACUUCUAGACUAGUUUCUGUUAUCUUUUGGUAGCCUUAGGUUAGACUACUGCAGUGUGUUAUAUUUGGGGCUGCCUUUGAAGACAGUUUGGAAACUGUAGCUGGCUGAUCAGGGCAAGAGGGCCUGAGCGCAUAACACCAAUUCUGGCAUAACUGCACUGGCUACCAAUUAAUUUCUGGGCUCAGUUCAAAGUGAUAGCUUGAAUCUACAAAGCCUUAUGUGGCUCAGGACCCCAAUACCUCAAGGAACGCCUCUCCCUAUGUCAACCCUCUGUGCAAUGCACACCUGACACCAUUAUCUGUUUUUAGGUGCCAGGCGAAAACAUCUUAUUUACCUAGGUUUUUGGUUCAUAAUUGGGAGUGUAACUAGCUGUUGGUGCUCAUCCAGUUAAGUGAGGCGAGUAGGAUUUGUUCCUUUUAUCAAUAUCUUCUUGGAUGAGCACUUUAGGCCUUCUUUUCUUGCUGCUUUUAUAUUUGGUUUUAAUAUUUAUAACGCAAGUCGCUUUGAGGCACAAAAAGUAUGCUUUGAGGUAAAAAGUGGUAAACAUAUUGUCCAUAACAACUGCCCUCAGCCCUGGCUACUAUAACUGUGCUGGCUGGGGCUGAUGGGAGUUGUAGUCCAAAACAUCUGGAGGACACCAGGUUACUGACGGCUGCCAUAUCCUGUCGAGGGGGGUGGGGUGUCUGAACUAUGUUCUUCCUUGUUUGCACUGUUUGGUCUCUCGGUCUGAGUUAGUUGCUUGAUUCUAUAUUGUUUUCUUUGGAGCUAGAAAGGGGCAAAGUAGUUAUGAACGGGUGGGAAAAGAGAAACUGACCUGAGGUGUUGCUUUUUAAAAAAAGUUUGAAUUUCCGUGUGUGUAUUUGCGUGUGCGCUCAGUGGUUUUCUUUUCCUUCUCCUUUUUGGCCUGAAAUCCAAUUUGGUGUUUUCUUGACGUGACGCCCAAGUUAAACCUUUGCACACGAAAGCUUCCUUUGCACAGAAUGAGCUUCUCAGUUCUUUGUUUUUGCUAUGUUUUUGUACAGACUAACUGAAUGUAUUGGGGGAGGGAGGGGCUGAGGGAACAAAAUUCCAAACGAAAUUUAAGAGAUACAGACAUAUAUCAAAGUUUUAAUGCCUUUUUGUGCGUGAGUGAGUGUUUGAUGCAAACAGAGAUUGUAAUACAAAUGAGAGGGCCAGAGCGAGUUUUAAUUGACUCAACGUGCAGCUUUAUUUUUGUACUGACGAUGGUUAAGAGACUGUACAGCAUCUAUUUAUUUAGAUGAUUUAUGUGGUAAAUGUUGCAAACAAGAUUAUUAAAAUAAAAUAAAUGAGAAUUGACAUUUAACUAA